CCCGUUCCCCUGUCCCGGGACGGGCAGCGGCGAGAGCAGCUUGGACGGAGCCAUGUCUCACGGGGCACGGGUGAUCCGCACCGGGGUGAGCAGCGGGGGCCCCGCGGCCCCGUCGGCCGUCACCGUCGCCUCCUCCUCGGCGGGCUCGGACGUGGAGCUCAUGGACGGCGCCUAUUUCCGCUCCUGCGCCGGCAUGCUGAAGGUGGCCCAGAUGAUCUCACUGCUGAUUGGAUUCAUCAGUGUAAAUAAUUCUCCGUGGACAGAUUACAGUGCAUACAGCUUCUUUCAGAUUGUCACCAUGUGCGAUUUGGUUAUGAUUUUGUUCUUCUACGUUACCCACAUCUUCAGGAUCUACAGGAAGCUCACUUGUGUGAGCUGGCCGCUUGCGGAGUUCCUUCAUUACUUAAUUGGUACAAUUCUGCUUCUCAUUGGAUCAAUUGUAGCAGCAGCCAAGAGUUACAAUGUGACUGGACUUGUGGCUGGAGCGACUUUCGGGUUCCUAGCUACAAUACUUUGUGUUUUAAGCAUGUGGUCGUCCUACAAGGUUUCAUGCAUCACGCAGUCAACAAAUGCAUCUGUGUGACUCCAUCAUCUGUGCAAGAUUUCUGCCUUACAAAAUAGGAUACCAAAGAGGAGCGUCCACUACCGAGGAGGGGGCAUGGGUGUUAUGUUACUAGCCUGGACAGCUGGUAGCUUUGGAAGAUCUACUUGAAUGCCUGUGCAAAACAAUGUUGUGAACCAAAGUAUUUUUGCUCCCCUCCCUUCUCCCCACCCAAAGAAGUUUAUAAUGGAGAACCUGCUUGUUUUGGAGAAAGACAACUUCUGUCUCACAAGCUGGGCAUGGUCAUGUCCAGCUAUUUGCAAUAAGUGCAUUUAAAACUCAUUUGGACAGUUGUUUGGUUCUCCUUUCAGAGGGACAGAAAAAUUGCUUCAGAUUUUCUCCAUCUGUUUACUCAAGGGAAGUCCUGCAAAUUCCUACCUGAUCCUUAACUUCCAAGGAUGAUUUGUUAAAGGAACUGUUAUAAACUAAUUUGUGCCUGGAUACACGGACCCAAGUCUUUGUUACCUCUUUCUAUCAGAACUACGGACUAUUUCUAAUAUCAGCUCAGCCAGCAUAAAAAAUUAUGAACUGCAACUUGAAUACAUCACUGCAAACACUCCCUCUUAGCCCCAACAGUACAUGAUAAAAUCGAGGAUUUCCUCCAUGAAUUUUUACAGGAUAUUAGCAAUCAAAGAUUAUUCUUCAAAACUUCCCCUUGCCAAUUACAGAAAAAUACAUACCCAAGAAUAUAUGUUUAAUGUUUUGUGGGAUCUUUUUUUUUCUUUUCACAGUAAGACCUGUUCUGUAGAAAAUUUCUGUGCAUUUCCCUUAAAUUAUUCUCUUUGGAACCUAACAGUGUUUAUGGAAAGCCCACUGUGCUGCUUUCUCUUACAUGUGGUGUGUCCCUUCCUCUGCCUCAGCUGGAAUCCAUGCUCCUGGAGACUCUGCCCAGAGCCUGGACAGACAGAACAGUUCAGUUUUGUCCAACCUGGUAUGAUCAUGAAGUUCUAUGUAACUUCAGUGCUGAGACAAUUCUUUCUCGGUACCUUUCUCUUUCCUUUUUGUAGCCCAUCUCGGGAGACCUGGAAAUUCUUUGCAGGAAAAAAGGAAGCGCAGGCCCCUCUUCCUCCUUGGUGCUUCUCCUUUCAUGUCUAGCUGUGAAGUACAGCUUGUACUUAUAAAUUGGUUUCUUCUGUCAAGACAACUGCAUGGUGGUGAAGCAGAAGUAGGAUUUAUACAGUUUACCAGGGACAAUCUGGGGGAAAAAGCAUUUUCUGGCCUGCUAUGUAUUUUUGAAAUUCUGCAUCAAUACUGCUAAGUAAUUUAAUGGUCCUCUUGGAAAAUUCUUUUUGUGCCUUGUAGCAGGUCAACACGCACUGCUAUUUGUUGCCACCUUAUUUUUUUUCUCCCAUCCUAAUACAUGUAUCUUUACUUAGAAUUUUUUUUUUAGCUCUUAGACAAGAGAAAUUGGCCAACUGCUUAAGUGUCAACAAUUUUGAGUAAGUAAAUGAAAAUAACUGAGCAGAUACCCCUUCUAAAGGUGCACAGCUUCUGUGAUUCUUCUUGCUAUUCCUUUUCAUAAAUGCCCUAUUUACAGCAACACAGAGCAGCAAACAAUUUGAAACUGCUUUAACAUUAAUAUAGAGGAUUAUUCAAAUAAAACUAAACAGGCAGUUGUAAUGUUACUGAUUGCAUAUUGACUAUUUUUUAUUUCUUUACAAUGUCCAACUCUGGCCUGCUUUUCUGCCCCAUACCUUCAGAUGAUAUGUUUUGUGUUUGGUCAGAAACAGGCUGGGUUUUUUUAUUUUUAACAACCUGAAUUGAGCAUGCCUCAAAGGCUCUCUCGCUUAAGAGAACAAACAUUCUUCUAGAAAUCCCUGUUAGCAGUGUCAGUUAUAGUGUAGCUUCCUUGCCCUGCCAGCACAGGACCAAUCAAAUGGCCAUAUGGGACAAGACUUCAUUCUAGGACAUUGGAGUGAACAUAUCUGCAGAAGAAGGUACACACACACAUAUAUAUGUAUGUGUAAUUUUUUGCAACAGAGGUGCUUGGAUCACCAGUCCUCCUGCCAAGACUGACUUAACUACAGUUUUUGGAAACCAGCACUCUGACUGUAAUUUGGACUGAUAUGGUAGAUAUUUAAGGAUACUCCCAUCUUCUGUUCCCCCAGAGGAAUGAUAUGUGCACUAUUUUUCCUUCACCUCCUGAGAUAUCACCUCAGAUAGAAAGUAGAAACAUUCCUAAAAGCUUUAACCUCACUUGGCAACCCUGUGGGAAACCAAUGUUCUGCUGCAGAUGGUGUGAAUGCAGGUAAGGCCUCAGUGCUGCAGCGGUAGUAGGGAGAAGCACCUGCUACAGAUUGGGACUGGCGCCUGAGCUUGCUCUGAAGAAAAGGGUGUUUCCACUUUCUUCUGGAAUGAUGCCUUUUCUCCUGGCACUACAGUAGCAUUUUUUUUCAGCCUCUCACAUCACUCUGUCACUUGUCACCAUAUGGAAUAAAAAAAAAAAAAAGAACUCAUGGAAUUUCAUGCAGUCUAACAACCAAAGAAUUUCUGAACUAUGCUCUGUGAUCAUCCAAAGACUAUGUUUUGUUGCAAGUGCACUUGUUUAUACUGGAUCAAGAGAAAUAAGCUACAGGUACCAUUUUGGGUUUUGUGCCUAUCAACAGGGCUAAGGUAUGCCUGCAGCGUUUGCUGUUAUGACAGUGCUGGGUCUAUAGACCCACUAUAUGCUCUUAAUGCGGGAUGCUUUCAGGCUGGAAAACUGACAUCUCUGCUGCCAGUUUCCUUGCUUUCCCCAAAUCCUCCUUGUAAAGCAUGUCUACCAAGACAAGCACAGAUUUUCUGGUAUCGCCAGCUCUACCGGGCAUCUUUGAAUGACAGCUCCGUCUGGCAGGGAAUUCGGCACCACUCUACUGUAGCUCUGCCAGCAAAAGUGUUUCAGGUUUCCCUCCGUGUCAACCUGGUUCUGAAAGCUCCAUCUGUCUGCAACUUUGUCAAAUAUGGGAUUCCAGCUGUUUUAGAAAUAAACUCUAACUCUGCUAGCUCUUUGGGUGAUGUAGAAAAUCA